CCUUAUAAGUGACGGCUGCAACCCGCCAUACAACCAAAAGAAGAAGAAGAAGAAGAAGAAGAAGAAGAAGAAGAAGAAGAUUACUUUUGAAAUGAAAACAAACCUCACUGGCCUUUUGGCUGUGUUAUUAACCAUAUAAUUGAUAUAUAAUGCUGUGGGUAUUUUAAAAUCAACGAGACUCGCCAUUGUGACAGAGUCGUGAAUGAGCAACGAUGAGGCGGAAAGCUAAAAGCUGAAUUCAUCAAACCUGGGGACUCUUAUUGGUCCAUAAACCCAACUUUGGACACCCAGUUGCUCCAUCUUUAACCAGCUCUCUUUGCAGGCUGGUCGUUACAGCUGGGGACAUGCUGGGACAUGCUUGGCCUUUUUAAUGUGAGACAAAGUGCACCAUCAUGGAUGACUCGGACCAGGAUUUUGUAGAUCUCUGCUCAAAGCUGCUAAAACGAGUCCGCAAGAAACCAAGUGAGUCCAGACAGGCGCGGAAAGCAGAGCAUCAGCCCUCCAGUCAGGCAAGCGAUGGAGACAGAAGAAAAAACAAAAGAGCUGCAGACUCUGGGUCUGCGUGUGCUGGGACCCAGCCUGUCUGUACUGGUGCAGGUGCAGAUGAGCAUGUGGUUUGUGGAGGGACUGGACAUGAUUCAGGAGAUGCCGAGUCGUCCGCUGUGCCAGCAGCAGCACCAGGACCGAGUGCUGAGAGAUGUUUGGCAGCGAAAGACGAAGUACUGCACAGAAUGCAACAGUUCAAGCGAGCCAGUCCACAGAGGAUGGUGCACAAGGACAGCAGCAGGCCAAAAAAUCAUGAGGACGACUGUGUCCCCCCUCCACCUCUGACACAUAGACAAGAGUCUUUCAGCCCAGAUCUCCGCCCUGAAUCCCUGGACAGCGAUGAAGCUCUGGCCCUGCGGCUGCAGCAGGAGCUGGACAGGGAGGCAGCAGAGGCCCAGACGGUGGACCUGGAGGACGGAGGCCUCUUCUUCUGUCAGAUCUGCCACAGAGACCUGUCACAUAUGACACCUGAGGGGCGAACACAGCAUCUCAACAGGUGUUUGGAUGAGAGCGAAGAGAGUGCCCCAGCCCCCCCUCCUCCACCUCCCGGUGUGCCUGACUGUCCCAUCUGUGGCAAGAAGUUCAAGUCCCAGAAGAGUCGCUUGGCCCACCUGAAGCGCUGUUCCGCAGACAUGGGUGUCGCUCCGGUUGUGCUGCUGCAGGCUCUGCAGAGACAGACUGAGGAGACCCCCAACGUCCCCACCGCUAACACACUCACACAGACUGGUGGAACUAAAAGAAAAUGCCCAUCCAAGCCAGGCCUACCAGUGAGGAAGAAACCCAGGAAGAAGACUGCACCCCUGGACGAAGACACCAUGGUGGCCUUGGCUCUGUCCUCCUCCCUGCUGGAACAGGAGCAGCAGGGCGAGAGGGAGCCAGAGAGGCACUCCCAAACAAAGACGGCUGCCUCUCACCUCUCCAUGAAUCCAGCGUUGAAGUGGAGGCCAGACACGGGUAAGGGGCGCGGAAAGAGGAAAAAGGGCGCCAUCCCUCGCCCUCCUCCGCUCCUCCUCGUUCAGGAUGCCGAGGUGGCUCUGGCGAGGCUGCAGGAACGCGUUUCUGCCCUCCUCCUACGCAGUCGGCCCCCCUCUCCCCCCACCCCGACCCGCUGCCCCAGCAGUCUGCCUGGCUGGAGCGGUGCUGCCCCCCUCUGGCAAAAGAGCACACUACAGGGCCGAGCCUCCACCCGUCUGUCUGAUUUCUACACUCCAGAGCUCAGUGAGUUCAUCACGCCUUGGGAAUCGGCAACGACCGAUGCAGCCACCUCCAGCACCGUCAACAAGCCUGCGUCUUCUGUCCAACCUUUGAGCGAAGGAACUCCUGUCCCAGUGACCAGGGCCUCCACGCUGCCCUCCUCCUCUCAGACGGCUCCCUCCACGCCGGGGACUGGGCAGCUCCUGAUGGACCUGAUGGAGCUGGCUGAAGAUGGUGUGACCCUCACCCAGUAUGGUCACACUGCUUCGGGCCCUGACAAAGACAAGCGGGCCAGUCAGAUCCCAAACGUUCGUCUGAGCGGCUUCGUGGUGGUGGAGGAGGAGGAGGAGGAGGAGGAGGAGGCUGGCCUCUGCGCGAGCGGCUUCCUGCCAGAAGCGACACAUUCAGAGGCCGCUCGCAGCCGAGCGACGAGGACGGUGGAUCAGCCAGGGGCAGACGAAGAGCGAAGCAGCCUCCGAUCAGUGGCACUAUCCAGACUGGCAUCAGAGCUGAGCAGCAUGGUGAACAACGCUCAGCUCAGUGACCUGCAGCUCCAGGUGGACAGUGGAGAGAUCUACUUUGCUCAUUCCUUCAUGGUGUAUGCCCGAUGCCCCCUGCUGGCAGAAAUGGUUCAUGAAAGUGGUUUUGGGGUGCAGGAGGCAGGCGUGCCUGCAGCUCAGAGGGUGCUGAUGAAUGACGUCCCGGGACAGGCGGUGUUUGCUUUACUGCAGUAUCUCUACACAGCCCGCUGCUCCAUCCCCGCAUCGCUUCGGCCUCACGUACUGGAGCUCGCAUCCAGGUUUGACUUGCAGGAGCUACGGCAGCUUUGCGAGCUCCGCCGGGACGAUGCAGCGACUCGGGGAGACGAGGAAGAUUACGUGAACCGGGAGGAGAACGUGAACAACCAAACGCAGCAGGCCCUCACGGAGCUGCUCCGCUCCAUGUGGGACGAAGAGGACGAAGACGGCGAGGGCGUGGAUACAGGCGGAGGAAGGGACGAAGGGGGAGAAUUGGAAGAAGAUCAUCAAGCCGAUGGCCUCGCGUCAGGUGACGGGGAGAUCCGUGAGGAGAAAGUGAACGAGGAAGAGCUGGAGGAGAUCUACGAGUUUGCCGCCACUCAGAGAAAGCGAGAGGAGGAGGAGGAGGAGGAAGACAGCAAGGAGGAGAUAGAGGAGGAGGUAGACGGGGGUGAAGAUGGACAAGAAGUGUUCGCAAAACCCCAAAGAAUCUCAACGGGCUACAGCGUAAAAAACCUGCAGCCGGACCCCAGCCUGGACCGCAGCUACAGUCGCCUCUUCUCCGCCUCCUGGGGGGUCUACGAGGAAGAAGGUCCUUCCUCCUUACCUUCAACUUCCCGCCCGGGUAAGACCCACCCCCCUCAAUCCCACCAACCCCAGUCCCCUGAUAAGCUCGCCUCUAAACUGUCCGGCAGAACUUUGCUUCAGUCUUCAGCGAGCGUAGUUGAUGAGCUUUCUCUGAGCCCUCCACCCUACUCCAACCUACCCCUCCCGGGUCAGUCCCCUGGUCCGCUGGGUGGCCGCGGCGGCGGGGGCGACAAGGGAACGGACGGUCUCAGCCGAGGACCCCAACGAGCUUGUGUCCCUCUUUCUCCCGAAUCGCCUCGGGAAAUGAAGGAACCCGAGCUCAUAGUUUUGUCCGACUCAAGCGAGGAGUUGGAGGUCGCUCCUAGUCCCCGCAGUCCUCCGCCACAUUCCCAUCCCCUCGCCGUCCACAAACUGCAGAGCUACACCCGGGUCAAACCCCGGCCAAUCCCGAGAGCUGAUGAACCCACGCCGGAGAAUAAGCGGUCCAGUAGCUUAGAGUUGAGUCCCGAUGAUCCAUCUGCGGCGCCGGUUCACAGUCAUCAGGGUCCCUGGUGGGAGCAGGCUCCAGCAGACUGUUCUCCGGAAGUGUCCUGGCUGAUCCCUUCCACGCCGCUCCAGCCCGGAAGAAGCACGACGACGACCAGCUCCACUCAGACCAAAAGCAGCAUGUGCCGGACACAGCUGUUCCCUAAAGGGCACACCUCCUCGCCGUCGGCCUCGGUUUUCUCUUCUCCUGCUUUACCGUUGAACAACGGGCUGCAAACGUCCAACAGUCCGACCGGAGUUUGUGCCCGCGUUGGCCCAACGGAGGACCGUGUUCCCAAGUUAAACCUGGACGAGACCCGGAGCUCCAGCUUGGAUCUCAACUUUUGUUCUAAAAGAGCAAGCAGUUGUGAUGCGAGUAAAGCGAGAGGAGUUUCUGCUCUCCCCCCGUGCCAACCCAACGUCUCAAAGAAGGACACACCUGUCCACAUGCAGCCGCGUCCUUACAGCAGCACUCCUCUGCACACAGAGCGCCACAUGGCCCCCGUUCUUCCCGCCGGCUCCCCGCGCCGCAGCAACCUCGAUAAGAGCUGGACAAGUCCAGGAAGGGAUGGGGCGCCAUCGGAAAGCCUGGAGGAGACAGAGCUAGGGAGCUUUUAUCUUUCCCCCGUGUCUGAACCUUCAGAUCCACCCUCGUCUUCCUCUCACAGAGGUCCUCAAAGUUCACAGAGGCACAGCGUGUCCUCUAGUCGUAGCCUCCGCUCGGUUGAGUCCAGCAGUCACAACAGCACGGGGCCUGAGCUCAGGAGAAGGGGAAUAAGAAAUGAGAAGGUAGGAGAGAUUGAGUGCGAAAAUGAAGCCACGGGUGACGAAGGUGCGCGGGAUAAAGCGGAAGCCGGAGAGGCAGAAGUUGCUGAAUCCAGCUUCCAGCAGAGCUUCGCGGCCAUGGACGAGCCUCCCAUAGCGUUCAACGACUCGUGGGGUUUCGACGGCUGCGUAGACGCGGAGGCCAACCCGGGAUGCUUCAGCCUGAGGCUGGAGGACAGCGGCGCGUCCAGCCAGCAAGGCGAGCGCAGCCUGGGACAAGGAGAUCCAGCCAGGUCGUCCUCCUCUACCGGCCGCCAGCCUUCGCCGUCCCGUCCCGGUGUCCGUUUAUCGAACAGCCACGGCGGUGUGGCGGCCUCCUCUCCAUCCAAAGGCCACAGUACGCCACCCCACGCCAGUGUACAGGCUCAUACGGGCCUUUCCUUCCCCCCUCCACCACCUGACCCCCCCACCCACACCACGCCAGAGAGGAUCCACAGCCUCCUGGACUCCCAAAUAUGGGACAGUUGGGAAGAGGAGGAGGAGGAGGCUCUUCCUCUCUCUCAGAGGGUGAAUCCUGCCACCCAGCUCAAAACACCAACGUCAUCGCACAAUAAAAGGCGUCGCACUUUGGUGGCCAUCACCCCCCUGCCCCACUACUCUGACAUGGACACACCGGAGCUCAAGAACAAGCUCACCAGGUUUGGCGUUCGGCCUUUACCGAAGCGCCAGAUGAUCCUCAAACUGAAGGAGAUUCACCAGUACACCCACCAGCUGGUCAGCUCCGACUCUGAGGGAGAGGCACCCUUGGCGGGCCGCGCGGCUCGGACGAAGCACCCGCACACCGGUUCGGAGGUUCCUGGCAACAGGCCGGCCUCCUGCGCCCAGAGAGUGACUUUUAAAGAGCCCAGAGCGCCCGCUGGCGUCUCCCCUCUGAAACCCCGGCGAGAGGAGGAGGCAGAGCUGCUGUGUGCCUCGCAGGGCUCCAACACCUCUUCCACCGCCGCCAGUGAAGAAUCUGAAAGGUCCAACCCAGAGCUGUGCCUCUCCUCCGACUCAGACAGCGAUGGCGGCAUCUCUGCCUCCCAGGCAGUGAACCGCCUGCAGGACCGCCUCCGGGCGGUGCGCUCCUUAAUCCUGUCUGACCCCCGACUAUACGGUCAGAUCCUCCAGUACCAGCCUCUGGUCUUGUCCCAGCUCCAGGAGCGACUCAAAGCAGCUGGGAUCCGCCUGGGUGCCGCCAAGCUGGUGGACUACCUGGACUCUCAGUGCAUCACCUUCACCACGGCCAAACCGGGCCAAUCGGCACCCGGCCGCAGGCGGGGCAAGAGGACGGCCAGGGGGGCAAAAGCAGCAGGGGACAGAGGAGUGGGCAGGAAAAGAGCUGUUACAGCCAUGAUUUGAAACAAAAAAAAAGGUUUACGUCCAAACUGUGAUGACAGGUGGCAGGUUUUAAAGGUGCCCUGCCACACAAAACUGUUUUUCCUUGUAUUUUUUGAAAUAUGUUAGGUCCAUAUGUGUUGUUAUGUUGUGAAUGUGAAAAUGAAGUGCUACCUCCUGUCAGCUCUAG